AUGAAAAUCCUGUUUUGUGACCUCCUGCUGCUCAGCCUCUUCUCCAGCGUGUCCAGCAGCUGUCAGAAGGACUGUCUGGUCUGCAGAGAGAAGCUCCACCCCACUCUUGACAACUUCAACCUCGAGGUGUGCAUCCUCGAGUGUGAAGAGAAGGUCUUCACCAGCCCUCUCUGGACUCCAUGCACCAAGGUCAUGGCCAGGGGCUCCUGGCAGCUCAGCCCUGCUGACCCAGACCACGUGGCAGCUGCUCCGGACCAGGCCAGAGCCUCUGAGAUGCAGCAUCUGAAGCGAAUGCCCCGGGUCAGGAGCCUCUUUCAAAGGCAGAAGAGGACAGAGCCCGGCCUGGAGGAGGUGGGGGAUAUCGAGCAGAAGCAGCUGCAGAAGCGGUUCGGGGGCUUCACCGGGGCCCGGAAGUCGGCCCGGAAGUUGGCUAACCAGAAGCGGUUCAGUGAGUUUAUGCGGCAGUACCUGGUCCUGAGCAUGCAGUCCAGCCAGCGUCGGCGCACCCUGCACCAGAAUGGUGUCCGGGCGAUCCCCAAAGCAGCAUGUCUCCAGCCCCAAACCUGCCGGCUGGGCAUCAGGACGCCUCCCUCCCCAAGGCACUGA